AAUACUCAUUUCCAAGAUUAUAUCCAGUUGUUUUAAUAUUCUGCUAGGAAUUAGUACUACUUAAUUGUCAAUUAUGACUCGUCUUUUACGAUCCAAGUCGUAUACAUUUGGCCGUGUCUCUGCUAAUUCUAACUCCUCUUCAGUUCUAGACUUAUCUCCUCGUUGCUCCUCUCUCUAUGAUUACGAACAAGUAAAUAAUAACGACGACGAUGAAGAAGAAGAAUUUUUAAGUCCGGACCCGAGACUUGGGGCUUCGGGUCAGAACAAUCAGUCACCAAUUCUGGCGGUUGUGGUAGCGGCGUUAAGGAAAUCGCUGGUGACUUGCACUACUGUGGAUAGAGAUGACGUGGCGAACAUGGAUAUUAGCUGGCCCACUGAUGUGUGCCACGUUUCUCAUGUUACUUUUGAUCGGUUCGAUGGAUUCCUUGGCUUGCCUAUUGAGCUUCAGCCUGAAGUUCCCCGUAAAGUCCCUAGCGCAAGUGCAAGUGUUUUCGGAGUUUCUGUCCAGUCAAUGCAGUGUUCGUAUGAUCAUAGAGGAAACAGUGUGCCAACAAUACUUCUUAAGCUGCAAAAUCGUCUGUAUACUGAAGGAGGCCUGCAAGUAGAAGGAAUAUUCCGGAUUAAUGCUGACAAUAGUCAAGGAGAAACUGUGAGGAACCAGCUGAAUAGUAGAGGCAUUGUUCCUUAUGGAGUUGAUGUUCAUUGUUUGGCAGGAUUGAUUAAGGCAUGGUUUAGGGAGCUGCCUACAGGUGUACUAGAUUCUCUAACCCCGGAGCAGGUGAUGCAUUGCAACACAGAAGAAGAGUGCACCCAACUAGUGAACUUACUUCCUCCAACUGAAGCUGCACUGCUUGACUGGGCAAUCAAUUUAAUGGCAGACGUUGUGCAUAAUGAGCGUUAUAACAAGAUGAAUGCCAGGAAUAUUGCAAUGGUUUUUGCUCCUAACAUGACUCAGAUGGCUGAUCCUUUGACUGCACUGAUUCAUGCAGUCCAAGUAAUGAACCUACUUAAGACACUCGUUAUGAAGACCCUUCGUGAAAGAGAAGAGUCACACAUGACAUGCCAAAUGCAGUCGUCAUGUGCUAAUAUUUCCAGUUGCAUGGUAGAUUAUCUUUCAACACAAUCAAAUGGAGUACUUACUAAAGAUCCAGUUCUGGAUGGCUAUUCUCAUGAAAAGCAAACUGCUGGUGAACUCUCAACAAGUCUCAAUUUAGACAGUACACAAUGUGAGUCAGAGGAGCAAUUCUGGAAUUGUAGGAGUACAAGUGAUGCCGGGGAGGAAUGUGAUUCCGUUGUGAAGACCUCUGCAGAUGCUCGCAAAAGACAAACACUAGAGAGUAGGUUUAGAGAGGGAUUUGACUCUGAGGAGGUUGAGAACACAAUGGUUAAACUUAGUUUAAGGAAGGGAAUGCAGAAGCUAUGCAGGCAUCCUGUAUUUCAACUGAGUAAGCCAGUGAAGAAGAGCAGACUUAUCGGGAUUGUAAAUAGUAGGAGAGGAGGCGGAGAAGCAUUGGUAUGAGACAAGUCACCUCAGGAUGGGAUCUCUGUUGCUCCUAUUUCUUUGUCCUUAGUAUUUGAUGUAGUUUGUACUAAUAUUGGUGUCAGUACUGUUUGGUCCAGAAUCUAGUGAGAGAAGCAUUUCAUUCACAGAGUGUGACAGGUACUAACUUGUAGUUUUAUGAAAAUAUUAAUGAAGGUGUGCCUCAAAAGUAUAA